AAAGGUGCCAACCGGAAGUUAAAUGACGUGCUCUCAGCCAACUUGAUGCUACUGGCGCAAAGUUCCUCCUCUUGGUACCGAAAGAAACGGGCACCAAACGUCUUCUGUCAUUGAACCGUUGCCAACGACACUCAAAGCACCCGAAAUGUCUCCCGAUUUCUGCGCUGAAUCAUCUCUGAAGAAGCGGAGCUCGCAUGAAAACACAGACUAAAAACAUCAACAGUAGUUAGCAGGGGCAAUUCAUUUAGCUUAAGCUUAGUUUUGAAUAUUUCUUGUUAGCUUCAGUCGUGUUUUAUGCGAGCGAAGACACCAAAACAAUGGCGUUCUUCGUGAAAAAGAAGAAAUUCAAGUUUCAGACCCAUCUGACGCUGGAGGAGCUGACCGCUGUGCCUUUUGUCAACGGAGUGUUGUUCUGCAAGAUGAGGCUGCUGGAUGGAGAUUUUGUCGCUACUUCUUCCAGACAGGAGGUUCGAGAGAACUGUGUUCGCUGGAGGAAGAGGUUCACCUUUGUGUCUAAAAUGAGCGCCAAUCCCCACACCGGCGUCCUGGAUCCUUCCGUCUGCAGGGUCUCAGUUAGGAAGGAACUCAAAGGAGGAAAAACAUAUACGAAGCUGGGCUUCACAGACCUCAACAUGGCGGAGUUUGCGGGUUCUGGCUCCACUGUGCGCUGCUGUCUGCUGGAGGGAUACGACACCAAGAACACACGGCAGGACAACUCAAUACUGAAGGUGAUCAUUGGAAUGACCCUGCUGUCUGGAGAUCCAUGUUUUAAAACGCCUCCCAGCACAGCAAAGUCCAUCUCCAUCCCAGGACAAGAACACACCCUGCAGCUGGACUGUAAAGGGGAGGGAACAGCCGAGCCCGGGCCGGCUGGAGGGGUUUCUCUGGGACGAGCCAGCAAGCCGCGACCCUCCAUCAUCAGCUCAGGUCUCCUUGAUGAAUCCGAAGUGAACCACUCCAGUCCUGCAGAAGUCUUCCAGUCUGGUCACUCUCGUAACUCCAGCUAUGCCAGCCAGCACAGCAAAAUCUCUGGCUACAGCACUGAGCACUCCUGCUCCUCCAGCCUGUCAGACCUCACACACCGCAGGAACACCUCGACAGGAAGCAGCGCCUCUGGGGGCUUGGGCUUCACUGCUGACACACCUACAGAGGGCGACAAGGACGCCGGACGUCCAGAAAGACCCCCUCGACCCCCGCGGCCCAUCUUACCCCCUAACAGGCCCCCCAGGCGGAAGCAGGACUCAGUGGUGAGUCAGCCCUCUUGGGUAAACGACACUCGCAUGGAUGCCGACGACAUUGUGGAGAAAAUUGUCCAAAGCCAAAACUUUGCAGAUAUCAACAACACUGAAGACAGCAACCUGCGUCUGUUCGUCAACAGAGAUGGAACCACUGCGCUCAGCGGCAUCAUGCUUGGAAACAGGGUGUCUGCAGGCGGGUACGAGCCCGUGGUGAUAGAGAGCCAUUAAAGCGAGCAGCAGGAGAGGGGGACAUGUUAACCUGUGGAUGGUGGAUCGUCUCGUCUUCUGUCUUGCUGGUUUUCCCGGAGCAUCAGCCGGUCUGACGCUGUGAAGGGAAAAACCUUGUCAGUUUGCACUUUAUGUGAAGUUUGUGGUGGCACUUGUCUGCCCUGCCUUCAGCUGUUUGUCUGUGAUGUUGAGGGCGACGACUCUGAGUGAAAUGCACAAAACGUUUUCUUUGAUACUGCCUUGUGGUGUGUUUAACUAGAUUUGAAGAAGUCCUGAGAUUUCAAUUUGAUCUGUUAAAUGAUAAAAGAUACAGAAGCCAAAAUCGCCCAUGUGUCCCCAGUUUAUUAUUCAAACUGAUGCUUAGGGGACAGUGUUAAUUAAUAGCUAUUAGAUUUGAUAGCUGUUUCUUACUUCAUACAAUUUCACUGCUGAAAACAAGUAACAGACAGGGACAGGAAGUUACUGCAGGCUGGACCGGAGUAACAUUAUGUACUGGGGACAUAUGGAUGAUAACUUUAUUAUAAACUUGACUCCUGCAGGAUGAUGUGUUCAUCUAAACCAACAAUCUUUUUGUUGAGUCAUUUUUCUUAAAGCCCCUUUUUAAGUGCCAGGUUAAUAGUAAGUAGUAACUUUAAUUUGGCCACAAGUUGUGCAGAUGAAUACAGAUCUUUUACUGUGUAUUCAGUGGAUGUGUUUCUUUUUCUUUCUUUAACACGUCUGUAUGAAAUUAUUUUGACACAUUUUUUGUCACUGCAAACUGCCCGAAAUGGUGGGCAAGAAUCUCACUGGGAGUUUAGUUAAUGUGUAACGUUUAAUUUUGAUUCAGCAGGGAAAGGUUUCCACCUUUUUUUAAAAGACCUUCCAAACCAAGUCCCAACAGCAAAACAGGAUACAAUAAUUUUGUUUCAUGCAUUGCAUAACAAAAAGUCCUGCAUGUCAACUUGAAGUGUGUUAACUUCCACCGACAGGCAGCACACCCAAACACUGAAUGUGAUCAAGAGUUUAGAAAACCACUGAGGAGCCGUGAAGAUGCAGAAACUCUGAAUCACUUUACUUUUUUGUCUUUUUGUUUGAAGUUGUAGCUGUUUGCUGUUGAACAGGGAAAAGCAGUAGAACCACCUUGUGCCUGUAACGUUUCUCUUGAAUGAUCCUAAAACACCACGAAAACUGUGAUAGUAGAGUGCUGGUGACGGUGACGAGAGAAACAUUGUUUCUUGUUACAGUUUCUUAGUUCUGUUUUGUGUCAGUCUUGUUGUAACUUGCUGGUGUAGCCAUUUUGGGAAAUCUCACUGUAUACUCACUGCAUGUUGCUCCAUCUCCAUGAAGGACGACUUGUAAAAGAUUCAGUUCCCCUCUCUCCUUCGCCAUUAGAAAUGAAAACUAAAUGUGAGGUCAGCUGUGGUACAAACUGUUCUGGUUUUAUUUUGAAGAAAGAAAUAACUCCAUGAAGAGGGAUCGCUGCAGUCUUUGUUGCCCCCUGGUGGAGUAACAGCUUGCUUUCAGGUUUUUGCAUGAGUCCUUGUCCUUUACAAGGAUGUUUACUUCAAGUUUGUUGAAAGCUGUCUUCAGAUGAACAAACACCAAAGAGGCGGAAAGAUGAACGAGUUUCUGUAGCUCAGACAAACACGGAAGAGGAAUUGUGAGCAAACCAGCUGGCUGGUUGAUGCUUUUUGUGUUUGUUUGUGUUAGUUAAGCAAGUUUUCUGUUUGGAGUUUGAUGUCCACAAACGUGUCUAUCUCAAGAAGGAACAAGGGGGAUUUUUUUUUAUCUUGUACAGAGUCUUAAAAUCUUAUUUUUUCUGUUUGUAAAAAGGGUGAAAAAACUGUCAGUCUGAGAAAUAAUGCCGCCUUCUUGAAAUGCAGGUCACAAAUCCCUUGAAUUUAGUUAAAUGACAUGGAUGUUAUGUGCCAAGAUUGGGGUAUAACUAAUGAUAAUUGUCCUCAUCGAUUGAAUCUGCCGAUAAUUUGUUCAAUGAAUCUCUUAAUUGGUUAAUCGUUUAAACUAUAAAAUGUCAGAAAAUUGUGAAAAAGGUCAAAUAUGUUCAAAAUAUCUGACCUCUUUAAAUUGCUUCUUUUGUCCAGUUAACAACCUUAAACCAAAACAUAUUCAAUUUGCAAUCAUAUAAAAUAGAAAAAAACAGCAAAUCCUCACACAUGGCAAUCUGCAACAAGCAAAUUGAGAUUUGUGCCUGAAAAAUUACUGUUUAUUAUUUCAGGCCAAUAUUUUACCUUAUUUACAAUUUAAAAAAAAUCAGCUUUUAAGACUCUGUUCUUUAUCCGUAAAAGUAUUUGCAUGGACGUUAUUUUUUCUUCACACUUCGCUGGUGGAAUCCAGCUCAUUAUAUAUAAGUUCACUACCAAGUUUGUAUUUUGCAGCUGUAUGUUUAUUAAUCACAUUUUGGGGAUGAGCCACUGACUGUAUGGUCUGAAUUUGGGUUUACAUCACCACAGCCUUUAGUAUUCUUUUAAAGCAUUUAUUUAUAUAUUUUUGUUCCUUAUUCUUUUUUUUGUUUGGAGGUUGGUUAUAAGCUAUGCACACAACCCACCUUCCUAAGUUUUUUCUAUUAGUAAUUCUAACAAAUUAUUCUAUUGAAACGAAGCUAGUAUAACCGAAAUUUAUAGAGACUCAAGUUGGAACUUUUUCUUUUUGUUGGUAUUUCUGCAGAAAUUACUAAACAAUAAAAAGCUUAUC